UGAGGGGCCGAGGGGCCGCCGGCGGGGCCGGGCCGCGCUCCGCGCUGUGGGACCGGGAACUCGGCGGGGCACGGCGGGAGGAUGAGCGCGGCCGUGGAGCCCAGAGUGAAACAGGCGCUGCGGAAGAAGCCGGCGGAGAGGACGCAGGAGGACCUAAAUACUAUCUACUCCUUCCUCCAUGGGCUGGACAUACUCUCACACUUCAGGGAGCAUCAGCUGAGAAUAAUGUCAUCCAGUGCUCGCUAUGAGAGGUACAAGGGCAACCAAGUUCUCUUUUGCUCAGAAACCAUUGCAAGAUGCUGGUACAUACUGCUUUCCGGAUCUGUGCUCAUGAAGGACUCCAUGUUUUUACCACCUUGCAGUUUUGGCAAGCAGUCUGGAGGAAAACGAGGAUGCGAAUGUAUCAUACUGGAGCCUUCAGAAAUGAUCGUGGUGGAGAACUCCAAAGACAAUGAGGAAAGCAUCCUGCAAAGAGAAGUCCCGCUCCGGCAGUCCCGGCGCAGGUUUAGGAAGAUCAACCAGCGGGGUGAACGCCAGACCAUCACCGACAACGUGGAUGCCAGCAGCUACCUGUCGCUUCCAGCUGAUCUUACCAAGAUGCAUCUUACAGACAAUCCUCACCCUCAGGUGACUCACGUCCCUUCAAGCCAGUCUGGGUGCAGCAUUGCCAGCGAUUCUGGGAGCAGCAGCCUGUCUGAUAUCUAUCAGGCUACAGAAAGUGAGAUGGGAGAUGUUGAUUUAACAGGUCUUCCAGAAGCACCUGUAGACUCUGAAGAUGAAGAAGAAGAGGAAGAUGAAGAUAUUGACAGAACUUCAGAUCCGCUCCUAGGGCGAGAUGUUGUACGAGAGUGCCUUGAGAAAGAGCCUGCAGAUAAAACUGAUGAUGAUAUCGAGCAAUUAUUGGAAUUUAUGCAUCAACUCCCUGCCUUUGCAAACAUGACAAUGUCUGUAAGAAGAGAACUUUGCUCAGUGAUGAUAUUUGAAGUAGUGGAGCAAGCGGGAGCCGUCAUACUUGAAGAUGGCCAGGAGCUCGAUUCUUGGUAUGUUAUUUUAAAUGGCACAGUGGAAAUCAGCUAUCCUGAUGGGAAGAGCGAGAGCCUCUGUAUGGGAAAUAGUUUUGGGAUCACUCCCUCCUUGGAGAAACAGUACAUGAAUGGAGUGGUCAGAACCAAAGUAGAUGACUGUCAGUUUGUGUGUAUAGCCCAGCAAGACUACUGGAGAAUUCUGAACCACGUGGAAAAAAACACUCAUAAGGUUGAGGAAGAAGGAGAAAUUGUUAUGGUUAAGGAACACAGGGAGCUGGAUCGCAGUGGAACCAGAAAGGGACACAUUGUUAUCAAGGCAACACCUGAGCGGCUCAUCAUGCACUUGAUAGAAGAACAUUCUAUUGUGGAUCCAACUUACAUCGAAGAUUUCCUUUUAACGUACCGAACGUUUCUAACGAGCCCCUUGGAAGUUGGGAAUAAACUCCUGGAGUGGUUCACAGUGGACAGCCUCAGGGAUAAGGUUACCAGGGUGGUUUUACUGUGGGUGAACAACCAUUUCAAUGACUUUGAAGGUGAUCCUGCCAUGACUCGAUUUCUAGAAGAGUUUGAAAAGAACUUAGAAAACACGAAAAUGAAAGGCCAUCUCAGAUUGCUGAAUAUUGCUUGUGCUGCCAAGGCAAAAUGGAGACAAAUUACCUUGCAAAAGCCUUCUAGAGACUCACCUCUCUAUUUCAGCCUUCUUGGAGGAAGUGACAAAGGUUUUGGUAUCUUUGUUGAGACUGUGGAAGCGGGGAGUAAAGCUGCAGAAGCCGGACUUAAGCGUGGUGAUCAGAUAAUGGAAGUAAAUGGACAGAACUUUGAGAACAUUACGUUUGCAAAAGCUCUGGAAAUCUUAAGGAACAAUACUCAUCUCUCCAUCACUGUAAAAACAAACAUUUUUGUGUUUAAGGAGCUGCUCUGCAGGAUAGGGCAGGAGAAGAAUGGAAUCCCACAUAUUCCAAAAAUUGCAGAGAAGAAAAACAACCGCUACUCCAUCCCAGAUAUGCCGGGAGAUGUGGAACAGAUGUUCCCCCGUGAAAAAGGAAACAAGAAAUUGAAAGCAAACACCGUAUCUGGUGGGAGAAACAGGAUCAGGAAAAUUUUAGACAAGACUCGAUUCAGCAUCUUGCCUCCAAAACUCUUCAGUGAUGGCAGCGUGAGCCAAUCGCAGGAUGACAGCAUUGUUGGGACGCGGCAGUGCCGGCACAGCCUGGCCAUCAUGCCUAUUCCUGGGACACUCUCAUCCAGCAGCCCCGACCUACUGCAGCCUACAACGAGCAUUUUGGAUUUCUCUAAUCCUUCAGCUGUUGGGUUUUACUAUAUUCCAGACCAAGUAAUAAGAGUUUUCAAAGCAGACCAGCAGAGCUGUUACAUCAUCAUCAGCAAGGACACCACGGCCAAGGAGGUGGUGAGCCAUGCUGUCAAUGAGUUCAACCUGACUGGAGCCCCCGACACGUAUUCCCUGUGUGAGGUGUCCGUCAGCCCCGAGGGGGUCAUCAAGCAGCGCCGCCUUCCAGAUCAGUUCUCCAAGUUGGCCGACAGGAUUCAGCUCAAUGGGAGGUAUUAUUUGAAAAACAACAUGGAGACGGAAACCUUAUGCUCAGAUGAGGAUGCUCAAGAGCUGCUGAGAGAGAGCCAAAUUUCCCUCCUACAGCUGAGCACCAUUGAGGUGGCCACUCAGCUUUCCAUGAGAGACUUCGAGUUAUUUCGUAACAUCGAGCCUACAGAGUACAUCGAUGACCUUUACAAGCUGGACUCCAAAACAGGAAAUGCUCACUUGAAGCAGUUUGAGGAUGUCAUAAAUCAAGAGACCUUCUGGGUUGCCAUGGAGAUUUUAGCUGAGCCCAACCAACUCAAAAGGAUGAAGAUUAUUAAGCAUUUUAUUAAAAUUGCCCUGCACUGUCGAGAGUGCAAGAACUUCAAUUCCAUGUUUGCGGUUAUAAGUGGGUUAAAUCUGGCUCCAGUGGCACGACUCAGAGGCACUUGGGAAAAGCUACCAAGCAAGUAUGAGAAGCACCUCAGAGACCUUCAAGAUCUUUUUGAUCCAUCUCGAAACAUGGCGAAGUACCGCAACAUCCUCAGCAGUCAGAGCAUGCAGCCUCCAAUUAUUCCACUCUUCCCUGUUGUCAAGAAGGAUAUCACAUUUCUACAUGAAGGAAAUGAUUCCAAAGUGGACGGCCUGGUAAAUUUUGAGAAACUCAGGAUGAUUGCCAAAGAAAUCCGCCAAGUAGUGAGGAUGACCUCAGCCAACAUGGAUCCGGCCGUAAUGUUCAGACAAAGGAAGAAGAGGUGGAGAAGUUUGGGGUCUCUGAGCCAGGGCAGCACCAACUCCAACAUGCUGGACGUGCAGGGAGGAGCGCACAAGAAGCGCGCACGGCGCAGCUCGCUGCUCAAUGCCAAGAAGCUGUAUGAGGAUGCGCAGAUGGCGAGAAAGGUGAAGCAAUAUCUCUCCAACCUGAACGUGGAGACAGACGAGGAGAAGGUCCAGAUCCUGUCCCUGCAGUGUGAGCCUGCCUACAGCACCUUGACAAAGAAUUUAAGUGAGAGAAGAGGGGCAAAAUCCUCGGAAAUGUCUCCAGUGCCCAUGAGAUCUAUUGGUCAGACCACUAAGGCCCAUCAGCAGAACAGAAUGAGCCAAGUUCUUCAGGUUCCAUCUGUGAACUUAUACCCCAGCAGGAAGAAGGGGCUUUCAAAGGAUCACGUCACCUUCAGUACAGGCUCGCCACAGAAGUCAUUAAGCUUGUCUGAGGAAGUAAGUAGCAAGAAACAGACAGAUGACACAAUGUCCAUGGCAUCUUCUUUGCACUCCAGCCCCCCAGCUUCUCCUCAGGGCUCUCCACGCAAAGUUGGUAACAUCCCAAGGUCGGAUAACUGCAGUCAGAUGAAUCUCUCUGGGUCUUCCUCGUCCCUUGCCAGUGAAACCAGCAACAAGAACAGCGGACAACGCAGCUAUGGAAUAGGUUAUGCCCUCAUUCCUUCCACCAAAUCUGACAACUUCUCAGACUCCAGUCACAGUGAGAUCUCCUCCCGCUCCAGCAUUGUCAGCAACUGCUCGGUGGACUCCAUGUCGGCCGCGCUGCAGGACGAGCGCAGCUUGUCGCAGUCAAUGCUGGUGGUGGACUCAGCAGGGAUGGAACGGAAGGAGCAUUCCCAGGCGGAAUAUGGGCAGCCCUGCCCCGGCUGGUCGGUCACGAGGCCCGCUCUGAUCAGAGGGAUGGCCUUCACCUCAUCCAUGAGCAACGAGGAGAUCUCCCAUGAGCACAUCACGGUGGAGGCAGCAGACAGCGGCCGGGGCAGCUGGACCUCGUGCUCAAGUAGCUCUCAUGAUAACUUCCAGAAUAUCCCAAACCAGAAGAGCUGGGAUCUCCUCAAUUCCUAUCGCCACACCCAGCUGGACGGACCUAUUGCUGAGGUUGAUCCUACAAACUGUUACUCAGAGGAGGCCUAUUUAUAUUCCGAAGCCUUUUCCAAAAACAACAGGCAGUCGAAAGCCAGCACAGAGCUCGAUCAGUCUCGGCAGAGCUGGGCCUCCUCGAGCUCCCUGUCAGACACAUACGAGACAAACUAUGGGACCAUUAAGCGCAGGGGGCUGGAGAACUCGACGUCAGAGCAGACAGAGGUUUUGGACUCUAAACCUGGCACUGACACAGCUUACAAAACUGUUACUUCAAGUACAGAGAAAGGCCUGAUAGUGUACUGUGUCACCUCACCUAAGAAGGACGAUAGGUAUAGGGAGCCUCCGCCCACCCCUCCGGGAUAUAUGGGGAUUUCUUUAGCGGACAUAAAGGAAGGAUCGCCCCACCACCCACACCUAAAACCUCCCGACUAUAGUGUGGCAGUGCAGAGGUCAAAGAUGCUGCACAGUGACCUCUCUAGACUCUCGUCAGCCCCUCUCGGGAGCGACCCGGUGGCCUGUCUUGCAUCGAAGAUGCCUCAGUGGCAUAGUCGGCAGCCGUCCGGCCCCCAGCUAGCAGAUAUGCCUGGCGCAGAUAGUGAAGAGGAUGAAGAUGAACAAGUAUCAGCAGUGUAACCAUCGGGCUAUCCACGUCAACCACUUCCAAACAAGAGGGAUGUGGGAAGGAGGACCACAGGAUCCCGUUAGCGACUGCUAACAACUUGCUGCUACUCACCUCACUCAUUGCGUUCGCCUCUGUCACGGAUGGGAUGAACUGAUGGGGUCAUCGCCGUCCCCUCCCUCUGCUCUGCUGCAUCCCCAGGGCUGUGUGUGCCCAGCAGGGAGGGCACCGGGGGGGGGGGGCUGUGGGGCAGGAAGCAUUCUGUAGGAUACCAUCCAACCCUCACUAGUUCCUUCCUCGUUGUUUUCUACACCUAAGAGUGUUAUUUUAUGAACUGGGAAGAAAAAAAAAAAAGAAAAAGUCAGCAAAACCCGAAGGACGUUGCU